AUGGCUGCAACAUCUGUAAUUGUCUCAGGAGCCACUGGCUUUAUUGCGCAACAUGUUGUUUUGCAACUCGUCACCAAGGGAUAUAAGGUUGUCGGAACCGUGAGAUCUACUGAGAAAGGGGAAGACUUGAAGAAGAAGUUGAAGUCAGACAAUUUCACCUACGAAAUUGUGAAGGAUAUUGGUGCUAAAGGUGCAUUUGAUGAAACACUUAAGGCUCACCCAGAAGUUACAGUUUUUUUACACACUGCGUCUCCACACCACUUUGACAUUACUGACCCUGAAACAGAGCUAUUGUUUCCAGCUGUGGAAGGAACUAAGAAUGCCUUGUCCGCAAUUGCUACCUAUGGUCCUCAGAUCACAAAAUUGGUUGUCACAUCAUCCUAUGUAGCAAUGGCCCACUACGACGUGGACACCAUUGCAAGUAACAUCUAUAAUGAAGAUUCAUGGAAUGAUAUCACCUGGGAAAAAUCGAAAGGUAACGCUCUUGAUGGCUACUGGGGUUCUAAGACUUUUGCUGAAAAGGCAGCUUGGGAUUUUGUUAAGGAGAAGAAGCCAAAUUUCACUCUUUCUACCGUCAACCCAGGCUAUGUUUUUGGGCCACAGGCAUUUGCUUCAGAUGCUACUGGUACUUUAAAUCUCUCGGCAGAAACUGUCAGCUCGACUCUCAAGUUAAAGCCUGAUGAUGAAGUCCUGUCUCAAGCUCUCGCCUUUGUUGACGUUAGAGAUGUUGCAGAUGCUCAUUUGGUUGCAUUCGAAAAUAAGGAUGCAGAGGGCCAGAGAUUGUUGCUUUAUUCCGAAAGGUAUUCUGGACAAGAUCUCUUGGAUAUUAUCAAUGAAAACUUUUCAAAGUAUGUUAAGGGUAGAAUCCCAACUGGGAUACCAGGAAGUGGAGCUGAAAAGAUUAAAACCUUAGCUACAAUUGAUAACUCGAAGACGAGAAAAAUCAUAGGCCAUGAUUUUAUUACAUUAAAAAAGUCAGUAAUUGAUAGUGUCCAGCAAAUUUUGGAUACCAAUGGAUCAAUAUAA